AAGCAGCAAUGUGCCAUUUCUGAGCCCAGGCCUUCAGACAUCCUGCAGGUCUCCCUUUGUACUCUGUGCCUCUGCCACUGCCAUUAUCAAGGCACAUGCACGUCGGCCCCUGGUCCCAGGAGGAAGAAAAGAGACUCAUGAAGAGCCAAACCACUGCAGCAAAGCCCAGCCAGAACCAGCCAAACUCCAGUUGACCCCAGAUUCAGUCAUAAACAUGCUGCGCUUCCUGGUGCCCCGGUUGCUUUGUCUCCAUGGCAGGACCGCCCCGUACUCUUCUGCAGCGGCCCUUCUGAACCCCAUCCUGAACCCAGACAUCUGCUACAACCAGCUGUUCAUCAACAAUGAGUGGCAAGAUGCAGCCAGCAAGAAGACCUUCCCCACAGUCAACCCCGCCACGGGAGAGGUCAUUGGCCACGUGGCUGAGGGGGACUGGGCUGACAUGGAUCUGGCAGUGAAAGCAGCCCGCGAGGCCUUCCGCCUGGGGUCUACAUGGCGCCGGAUGGAUGCCUCAGACCGCGGCCGCCUGCUGAACCGCCUGGCCAACCUGGUGGAGCGGGAUCGUGUCUACCUGGCCUCCCUGGAGACUUUGGACAAUGGGAAGCCUUUCCCGGAGUCUUAUGCCUUGGACCUGGAUGAGGUCAUCAAAGUAUACCGGUACUUUGCUGGCUGGGCUGACAAGUGGCACGGCAAGAAUCCCAUGGAUGGCGAGCAUUUCUGCUUCACCCGCCAUGAGCCUCUUGGCGUCUGCGGCCAGGUAAUCCCAUGGAACUUCCUCUUGGUCAUGAAGGGCUGGAAGCUCGCCCCAGCGCUGACCACCGGCAACACUGUGGUCAUGAAGGUGGCAGAGCAGACCCCCCUGUCUGCCUUGUACUUGGCCUCCCUCAUCAAAGAGGCGGGCUUUCCCCCGGGGGUGGUGAACAUCAUCACUGGGUAUGGCCCCACAGCGGGCGCAGCCAUCGCCCAGCACAUGGAUGUCGACAAAGUUGCCUUCACCGGCUCUACUGAGGUGGGCCACCUGAUCCAGAAGGCGGCCGGCGAUUCCAACCUGAAGAGAGUCACCUUGGAGCUGGGUGGGAAGAGCCCCAGCAUCGUGCUGGCCAAUGCGGACAUGGACCACGCCGUGGAGCAGUGCCACGAAGCGCUGUUCUUUAACAUGGGCCAGCGCUGCUGUGUGGGCUCCCGGACCUUUGUCGAAGGAUCCAUCUAUGACGAGUUUCCUGAGAGAACCGUGGAGAAGGCUAAGCAGAGAAGGGUCGGGAACCCCUUUGAGCUGGACACCCAGCAAGGGCCCCAGGUGGACAAAGAGCAGUUUGAAUGAAUCCUGAGCUACAUCCGGCUUGGCCAGAAGGAGGGGGCAAAACUUCUCUGCGGCGGGGAGCGUUUUGGGGAGCGCGGUUUCUUCAUCAAGCCCACGGUCUUUGGUGGCAUGCAGGAUGACAUGAGGAUUGCCGGAGAGAUCUUCGGGCCUGUGCAGCCCUUAUUUAAAUUCAAGAAGAUGGAGGAGGUGAUCGAGAGGGCCAACAACACCAGGUAUGUCUUGGCUGCUGCCGUGUUCACCCGGGACCUGGACAAGGCCAUGUACUUCACGCAGGUGCUCCAGGCCGGCACAGUGUGGGUAAACACCUACAACAUUGUCACCUGCCACACGCCCCUUGGAGGGUUUAAGGAAUCUGGCAAUGGGAGGGAGCUGGGGGAGGAUGGGCUUAAGGCCUACACGGAGGUGAAGACCGUUACCAUCAAGAUUCCUCAGAAGAACUCGUAAGAAUGGCUGCCACAGGGACCCACCUCCAGUCCAGAGUUUCCAUAAUCACCUAGACCAUGGUUGCCAAAUAGUUUUUUAGCCUCGGACCCUACUUUAUUUGUUCCAAAUGAACUCUUAGAGGGAAGCUCAGCAAAUAAAGCAAUUAAAAUGAGAACUGCUCUUGUUAAAGCAGGACUGGGGACUGGACUCAAAAGUCCUAUCCACCUGUGCCUCGGCCCCAGCCUCCUUGGUGGCCCUGAGUUACUUCCAUGAAAUCUUGGGAGUCUCUGGAAAAUAGAUUAAAAACCACUGAUCUGGACAGUGGCUUUUAGUUCUUUCUUCUGAUCUGAGGACUUCCCCAUGUAUUAAUCUAAUGGCUUAGUAGAUGGACUCAGUUCAGACAUAGGAUCGGGAGGCAUCAGGAGUUUCAAACUAGGUGGAUGCCAGAUCUUGGCCCCAUUCUUCAAUGACUUAACCCCAAAAUCAAGGAUGCUUCUCCUUUUUUAAGUACCAGUUGCCAGCUGUUUUGCUUGCUUACCCUGCAUUUUGCUACUGAUUAUCAUUACUUUGAGGGAAAAAGUGGGCAAAGAAUGCAUUUAUCUUUUUUUUAAUUAUUUAUUUAUUUAUUUGAGAGAGAGAGAGAGAGAGAAACAGCAUGAGAGGGGAUAGGGUCAGAGGGAGAAGCAGGCUCCCCGCUGAGCCGGGAGCCUGAUGUGGGACUCGAUUCCAGGACUCCGGGAUCAUGACCUGAGCCGAAGGCAGUCGCUUAACCAACUGAGCCACCCAGGCGCCCAAAGAAUGCAUUUAUAUAACCACUCCUUUAAAAUAAACUCAAACAACCCGAGUGUCCAUUAGCUAGUGAGUGGGUAAAUAAAAUGUUUCCAUGGAAUAUUCCCUGUGCUAGUCAGCCAUAAAAAAGGAAUGAAGUGCUGAUACAUGAGGCAACAUGGAUGAACCUUGAAACCUUAGGCUGAGUGAGAGAAGCCAGACAUACAUACAAGGCCACAUAUUGUAUGAUUCCGUUUAUAUGAAAUGUCCAGAAUAGGCAAAUCCAGAGACAGAAAGUACAUUGGCGGUUGCCAGGUGUUGGGGGAGGAGGGAAUGAGGAGUAACUGCUAAUGGGUAUAGGAUUUCUUUUGGGGAGGUUUCAAAGGGUUCUGAAAUUGGAUAGUAGUGAUGAUUGCACGACUUCGUGAAUAUACUGAAAAGUACUGAAUUGCACAGUGAUUCACAUAAAAGGGUGAAUUUUAUGGUGUGAAUUAAUUUCAGUUAAAAAUUAAAUAAGAGAUACCCAUACAUUAUUUGACAGUCAAUUUUUUUAAUCAAUAUUCUCUUACAACUGAAAAUUUUAGAGUCUUGGGGAUGGAAGGGACCCAGGUAGUCAUCUAGUCAGGUGCGAAAGUCCUCUCCCCAAUAUAUUUCUAGUUGCAUUUUUGUUUUCUCUCAGCUGGGUGACAAAGUGCAACUUUAAGGCCCACAGAGAAAAGCCUUGGUUCCUGCCUAGAGCAAGUCCAUCUGAGUUCCCAUUUCGGACCUUCCACACUGUCCCCCAGCCCCUACCCAAACACACCACCCCUCAAGCAGAGCCCAGCAUCAGGGCCAUUCUGACAUGCUAGGGGUUUCCAGAAUUUUAUUUAUUUGUUUUUAUUUUUUAAAGAUUUAUUUGAGAGAAAGAGGGCACGUGUACUUGUUCAUGUAAGCGGACUGGGGGGUGGGGCGUUGCAGGAGAGGUGGAGAGAGUGAAGCAGACUCCCUGCUGAGCACAGAGCCUGACACAGGCUGAUCUCAGGACCCUGAGAUCAUGACCUGAGCCGAAAUCAAGAGUUGGAUGCUCACCCCACAGCUACCCAGAUGCCCCAGUUUCCAGAAUUUUAAACCUCAGAGUUCAGUGUAUUCACUGUUAGUCUCCUGACUUCAUUCCCCAUCUGAAGGGAGUAAAUCCAAGCCAGCCAGACCAUGGUACAGAAAUAAGGCUGAUCCUUUCUCUUCUUGUCUUCCAUCUUUCUAGACCAUGUUGCUCACGAAUUACCACACUUCUCGGUCCACUCAGUCUUGGGAAUGCACAGCUUUGGUCAUCUCUUUAAUGUCCUGUUAUCUCACCGAGGCAUCAGGAUGAUUUUGUUCUGUGUCUUCAGGAGUGGACCCGAAACUGCUUCCUGAGGACUUGGGGUCUAUUUGGGACCGUCAUCUCCCCUUCCUAGGCCCUCCUUUUUGUACCAUUAGUCUAAGCCUGGGGUGACCCUGGCUGUCCCCCAAAGGGCAUCUUUUAUCCCUUUCUCUUGGAGGCUCUUGGCACCUUUGCAUAGUAGGCAAGUUUCUUCCCAACAGCCUGGGGAGGGGUGGAGGUGGGAGGGAGCGGGCAGCUGGGUGGGUGGGGUCUCUGACCACUGAGAAGCAACAUCCCGGUGUAUUCACAGCUCCACUCAUCUGCUUCUCAGUACUUCUAAACCAAGAGAACCUUUUAAAGGCUCAGUGUGGGUGGGACUACAAAAAGACAAUCGUCUAGGUCCCUCGCUUUGGUCCCUAAAAUUCUGAGACCGAUGAGUCAGACAGGUCAGAUUCUUAGUCAGCUGAGCCUGGAGGCCCCUCUGUCCUCCUUCGUUGCUCUCACUGAGGGAGGUGUGAGCAGGAGGUUGACCUGGGACAAGCUUACACCAAGGGCUUACUCUGUGGAGCAUGAUCUCUGCCAGUUGUCUUUACAUGCCACUGAAGCCUCAUAAUCCCAUAAAGUAGGCAGUGGGGUGACCCUCUUUUUAGAUGAGGAAGUCGAAGCUGAGAGGAUUAGCACGCAGCCCAUUUGGGCUCAGUUUUUCAUAUGCAUACACGAGGGGCCAGCAAGGGGAGAGCAUCUAAUCACACUUCAAGAAGCCUCGAGAGCCCACAGCAGGACAAGCCCCUACACCCUGCUUCUCUGCUGGACCCACCAAGGCUUCUGAUCAGAUCCCGGAUCCCAGGCCUUUUAAAAGAACUCUAGUUUGGGUUGGCUCUAUUCUGGGUGUGAGCCUGACCUCUGGUGGCCACCUUGUUAGUUCAUUUGCUCAAAUUAUUCACUGAUUUAAAAAAAAAGACUCAGGGACGGGUUCUGGGCAUGUUGUGGGGAAGCAGAAUUGAAUGAGGCAGGAGCUCCCUGCAGGGGCUCACAGGCUACCAGGGAGACCAUUCCAGAAGAGGUGAAAAGUCUGAGAAGUAGAAGCACAGAGGCCAUGAGAUCACAGGAGGAAAGAAAUAACGUUAAGCCCACACAAUAUUUAUAAGGCACCUACAAUAUAUAUGAUCUCAUUUAAUGUUUCUAACCUCCUUCAUGGUACUUAUGAUUAGCAUUCCACUCGCUAAAUAAAUGUGGAGGCCCAGAGGUGUUCAGCUUGGGAGUGGAGCUGGGAUUCCAACUCAGGUCUCCUGACUUUUGGCUGCACCUGGCUGGGCCCGAGGGAGAGGCCCGGAGGCAGGGGCACAGGAUCUGAUGGGUGAGGAGGAGGAAACCAGAGACACAGGAAGUGUGUUCCUGGAAGAAGGGCCUGGGGUUUAUGAGCAGGCGUGGAGGGUGUGAGGAAUGGAGGGAGGAAGGGAGAAGCCUGCGAAGAAAGGCCCCGGAGGAGGCAGGGGCUGGGUUGUGAGGGGGCUGGCGGCCCUGCGAGGAAGUCCACGGGUUGUCUAGCAAUCGGAAGCCAUGAGGGCUUCCCAAGGAGAGUGAGAGGAUUCUAUUUGGGUUUUUUUUUUUAAGAUUUUUAUUUAUUUAUUAGAGAGAGAGAGAACACACACAAGCAGGGCAGGGAGGAGAAGCAGGGAGCCCGACACAGGGCUCGAUCCCAGGACCUCAGGAUCAUGACCUGAGCCAAAGGCAGACCCUUAACCAGCUAAGCCACCCAGGCGCCCCCUUAUUUUGGUUUGUAAGGCGGGUUAUGCUUCAGUGGGAGGAUGGGUUGAGGGGUCGACCUGGAGCUGGACACUAUUGCCAAAGCCAACGUGAUGCUGAUCUGAGCCAGGUGUGAGGAUCGGUGGUGGAGCCUGGCAGCCCAGAGGUGGGCUUCUGGGUGUGGUGACAGAUUGCUGCAAGAGGAGUAUGAAGUUAGGGCAACCCAUGCUCCUGGCUGAAGACAAAGAGGCAGUCGUGCUAGCUCUGAAAGGGAACCCAGUUGGAGGAGCAGAUUUGGGGAAGAGGUGGUGAGGUUAUUUAUUUAUUCGUUUAUUCAGUGAAUAAAUAUUGAGUGCUGACCAUGUGCUAAGAACUAUUCCAGGUGCUGGGGACAUGGCAGGGAACCAAACACAAGUCUUGCACAUGCUCCCUGUUGGGGGAGGCUGACCACAAGUAAAAUAAGGGAAGCAUUUGGUCCAUCAGGUGGAUAAGGCUAUUAUGGAGAAAAGUCCCACUGGAAAGGAGAAUCGGGAACAUGGCUGUGGUGGGGUAGGAAUUGUAGUUUUCAAUAAGGUGCUCAGAGAUGGUUUCACUGAAGAGAUGAUGGACUGAAAGAGGUAUGGAAAUGGCAGGUGCAAAGGCCCUGAGGCUGGAGCACAUAUGGGGUUUCAGGGAACACAAGGAGGCCAAGGAGCCGGAGUAGAGUGAGAAAG